AUGUUGGCAAGAAAAUUGUUUGGAAAAUGCACAACAAAUAAUCGCCAUCUCGUAUUAAAAUCAUCGCAAUAUGCCACAAAAUUCUACUCCACAAGUGGUGCUGAAAAAAAUUUAGUUGCAAAUAUUGAGAGUUGUAUAAGAAAUAUUAAUAAUCAUUAUCGGAGUAAGAAAGAAAAAGAAUUUAAUAACGGUUUGCUGGAUUUGAAGCAAUUUUGCUCCCAAUUAAAUGAUGCAACGGAAAGGAAACUAAAUGAAAAAUCGUGGAAUUUUUUGAUUCAACAAUUUUGUAGAAACGAAGCCUUUAGUGAUGAAGCUACAUUUUGGUUCAGAAGAGUUAUGAAAGAGAAGAAAUUAGCCACUCCAAAUUCAUUCACUUUGACUGCGAUAUUAAAAUCAUUCUCUACUAUUGGUGAAUUAGAUAUGUGUGAAGAAAUUCUACAAGAAUUAGAAAGUCAAGGACUAUGCAACGUUUUCUCAUACAUAUACUACACAAAAGCUUGUCUUCAAAAUGGAAACACUGAGAAGGCUUUCAGUGUUAUUGGACGUAUGGAGAGUAAACAAAUUGAACCAAGUUUUGGAAUAUACAUUCCUCUUCUAAAGGAAGCAACUAACCAAAAUAAUGUGGAAGUUGGAUUGAAACUUUAUGAUAUGAUCAAAAAAAGUAACUUGGCAAGUUUUCAAUUAUCAUCUUGUAUCGCCACUUUUGCUUUGAAGGUGAACCGACCAGAUAUUGCAAUCGAAGAAUACGAAAAGAUUAAACAGAGUGAAUUGAUGAAUGUUAUAACUUGGACAUGUUUAAUUCAAGCAUACAUUCAACAAAAUGAUACUGAGAAAGCAAUAGAUACGCUUAUUGACAUGAAAAAACAUGGUAUAUACCCAGAUUCUGCAACAUUCACAAUUUUAUUGAGUGCAUGUGCAAAUUCUAAUAUGUAUGAAGAAGGAGUUAAAAUUCAUGAACUUGCAAAACAAACACUCAAAGAUUUCACAAUUGGAUUAUCAAACACAAUUAUUAAUUUUUACACAAAAUGUGGUUAUUCAAAUAUUGCCAUAGAAGAAUGUGAAAAAUUGAAACAGAACGGAUUGAUGAAUGUUGUAACUUGGACAUGUUUAAUUCAAGCAUACAUUCAACAAAAUGACAUUGAGAAAGCAAUAGAUAUGAUUAUUGACAUGAAAAAGCAUGAUUCAACAACAUUCACAAUUUUAUUGAGUGCAUGUGCAAAUUCUAAUAUGUAUGAAGAAGGAGUUAAAAUUCAUGAACUUGCAAAACAAACACUCAAAGAUUUCACAAUUGAAUUAUCAAACACAAUUAUUAAUUUUUACACAAAAUGUGGUUAUUCAAAUAUUGCAAUCGAAGAAUACGAAAAGAUUAAACAGAGUGAAUUGAUGAAUGUUAUAACUUGGACAUGUUUAAUUCAAGCAUACAUUCAACAAAAUGAUAUUGAGAAAGCAAUAGAUACGCUUAUUGACAUGAAAAAACAUGGUAUAUACCCAGAUUCUGCAACAUUCACAAUUUUAUUGAGUGCAUGUGCAAAUUCUAAUAUGUAUGAAGAAGGAGUUAAAAUUCAUGAACUUGCAAAACAAACACUCAAAGAUUUCACAAUUGAAUUAUCCAACACAACUAUUAAUUUUUACACUAAAUGUGGUUAUUCAAAUAUUGCCAUUGAAGAAUGUGAAAAAUUGAAACAGAACGGAUUGAUGAAUGUUGUAACUUGGACAUGUUUAAUUCAAGCAUACAUUCAACAAAAUGACAUUGAGAAAGCAAUAGAUAUGAUUAUUGACAUGAAAAAGCAUGGUAUAUACCCAGAUUCUGCAACAUUCACAAUUUUAUUGAGUGCAUGUGCAAAAUCUAAUAUGUAUGAAGAAGGAGUUAAAAUUCAUGAACUUGCAAAACAAACACUCAAAAUAUUUUCUUUAGAGCUAUCGACAGCGACUAUUAAUUUUUAUACUAAAUGUGGUUAUUCAAAUAUUGCCAUUGAAGAAUGUGAAAAAUUGAAACAGAAAGGAUUGAUGAAUGUUAUAACUUGGACAUGUUUAAUUCAAGCAUACAUUCAACAAAAUGACGUUGAGAAAGCACUGAAUACGAUUACUAAUAUGAAAAACAGUGGUGUUGUACCUAACUCAACAACAUUCACAAUUUUAUUGAGUGCAUGUGCAAAUUCUAAUAUGUAUGAAGAAGGAGUUAAAAUUCAUGAACUUGCAAAACAAACUCUCAAAGUUUUCACAAUUGAAUUAUCGCAACACAAUUAUUAA